GCUGGUCAUAGAGUGUAAGACGAACUGGUUAAGUGAUUGUUUACGUAGUACGAGGUACUUCUUAUUUAACUAUUGCUUUAAAUUAAUGUCAUAUUGCCGUGAUUCGUAGGAUUUAAUAUGCAGAAUUGGUAUUGCGUUAUUACGUCUGUGUAUGCUGAUUGUUACAAAUUUACUUUGACCGAUCUGUAGUAUUACCAUCCUGCCGGUAGGUCAAGUAGUGGGAAAUUUUCUUAUAGUAGGCGUAGGCUUCAUCUCAAGAUAAAUUUUCUCUUCGUCGUGUCUUGUAAACUGUCAUGUUCAUCUGACUUUCAGGGACUUUCGCCUGUAAGGAAAAUGCUUUGGGUAACAGCAUAUAUGACAGUGCUGUAUCCAGAUGCCAAAGUGUCCGUCCUUUCAAUUAAGUCAUUUAUUGUACGGCAUUGUCAAGUGUUUAAUUGUACUAGUGGUUUAAAAUAAGUUGCGGGACACUGGAGAUCUCCCAUGUGUAGUUAUUUUAGCACACUUCUGGGACCAAGCUAACAACAAUAAUGGGUAACAAAAAUAGCUGCUGUGCGCAUUCGAGCCCUCCACCAGGCCGUAAAGAUAUGCCACACUUUGAAGAGUACUUACCUAAGGAACAAGAGAGUGUUGGCAAUUUACAACAUAUUAGUGAACGAGAACCAGAAGAUUGGGAUGCAGAUCCAUCACUGCAUCCAAAAGCAGGGACCAUCUUUAUGGAGAGGUCUAAAGUUUCAUUAGAGAAUGGAUUGGUGAGGAAGAGGAGCCAGAAUCACCUUGUAGAUGUGCGCCCAUUGAAGAAAAGUAGCUCAUGUUCGACAAUCUACUUGGAUGACAGUACUGUUUCACAACCAAAUUUGAAGAAUACUGUUAAGUGUGUAGCACUUGCAAUUUAUUACCACAUUAAAAAUCGAACUUCACAUCGACAACUUGAAAUAUUUGAUGAGAAGCUUCAUCCACUGACGAGAGAUGGUGUGGCAGAUGACUAUGACAAGCACAACCCAGAACAUCGUCAGAUCUACAAGUUUGUGCGGACUUUAUUUAAUGCUGCACAGCUUACAGCUGAAUGUGCUAUCAUAACACUGGUAUACUUAGAAAGGCUGCUAACAUAUGCUGAAGUUGAUAUUACACCAGCAAAUUGGAAACGAAUUGUACUGGGAGCAAUUUUAUUAGCUUCCAAAGUAUGGGAUGACCAAGCAGUUUGGAAUGUGGAUUACUGCCAAAUUUUGAAAGACAUAAAUGUGGAAGAUAUGAAUGAACUUGAGCGUCAAUUUUUGGAGAUGCUGCAAUUUAAUAUCAAUGUUCCCUCCAGCGUAUAUGCUAAAUACUACUUUGAUUUGCGGACUCUUGCUGAAGCCAAUGAUCUUUCAUUUCCUGGGGAACCUCUUAGUAAAGAUCGAGCUCAGAAGCUGGAGGCAAUGUCACGUGUGUGUGAAGACAAAGUGACAGAACAAGCUCUUCGUAAUGGGUUUAAAAAAUGGUCAAGUAUGGACAAUGUAAGUACAGGUGCACCACGAAGAAGUGUUGCCAUUUUGUCUUGAGUCUCUUCCACCUGGCAAUAUUUUAUGGUGAUCCAAGGAAUUAAAGUUUGUCAGAGAUAAAAAACUGUUUGUUACAUGCAUCAAGUCAGAGAAGCAUAAUGAGGUUUUAAGACAAGUGCACAUAUUCCAAAAUGUGACAGCAUUUUUCAGUACUGUCUUCUGUUCCUCUGUGCUGCUAUAAUUUCAGUUUUGUCUGGUGUAUUAUAACUUUGUAAAGGCUAAGUGAUGGUAUUUAAUAUGUUGAAGCUAAUUCAUGUUACAGAAGCCUCCAUUGUCCUGCCUAAAUUGAAUAAAGGAACUGAAUUGGUUUGUAAGAACUGAAGUGUUACCAAAGUUUGUCAAGUAAUUAAAUUUAUUUCAUUAUAAAUUUAUCAUACAUUUUGAGGAUAAGUGCUAACAAUUAUUUAGGGAGUGAGGGUCUUUAAAAUAUAUGGUAAAGGAUAACUGCCUUGAUUUUCAAACCAUGUGCUUCACUAUCAAUUCUUCCAGCUUUUGUGUAUUAAUUUGACUCCAAAGAAAACUGGAUAUACAGAGAAAUAGAAUAUAAUUUUUAUCUUUUAAUAUUAUAUAAAGAGUCUAGCAUUCAUAAUAUAUGCUGUAAUACUAUUAUAAUUAUAGACUGCAGAAUUCUUCGAUUGUUGGGUUGGCACUAAAUAGGUACAUAUUUGGCUGCACACAGAUUUUAAGUAUUAAUUGUUUUUAAAUAUGUGCAGCUUAAUUGUAUUACAUUAUUGAUUAAAUAUAUAUAGCACAAUGCCAGCCAUUGCUUUCUGUGAUCAUUGAUUAUAUUAUUUAUGCAUAAAGCAAAAAAGAUAUGCCAAGAUAGGCUUUUAUUAACAUUCUCUUAUGAAGAGGGAUGCUGUAUGUAAACACCGACCAUAUACAAUUUCUCGGUCAUAGAGUGAAAGCAGUCAUUUGCACAUAGUAAGUUAAUUACUGGGGUCAGAAUUUUUGAUAUUGUCUAGAACAGAAGUACACUGUAGCUUUCACUGUAUGGUUUACCAGUAUAAUGUGUAUUUAAUUUGCUGUGAGGCUUACAUGGAAAGGCCUGUAAGUUCUUUCAUUCCUUAUUGGGUGUUAUAAAUAUGGUCCAUCAGGGUUAUUUAUAAACUUUCUUUGUUUGUUUGAGGAAACUUAUGAUGCAAGAUGAUGUAUCUGUAGCAUGUAUUGUAUGUUUAAAGGUUCUAGUUGGAAUGUUUGAAGAGUAAGUCGGUAUUCCUGACAUAUAUUACACUUCAUUUCAGAAUAGACUACGGAGGAAGUACUGUACUAUUAAAGUACAGUUUGCUGUUAUCCAGACCCUUCUAUUACUAGAAUAUCUUGCCUGUUGGCUCUCUUAAAAUUUUUAUCUUAUUGGCAACAUUAGAUAAAUUUCUGUUUGGAUACUGGUUAUAUCUACCAAUAUAGACAGAUCUUAUGGAUAAGUAUAUGUACGUUGGUAAAAAUCUAUCAUAAGACAUGUAGAGCGUUUGCAGCAAGAAUGUCACUGUAUGCAUGAAGUGAAUAAUCUUACAUCUGAUCUUUUUAUAACAAAGUAAAACUGUCAAUAAAUUGAAUAUUAGGAAGUAUAUUUUGAAAA